UUUAGUUUUUGGAAAUCAUUGAAGGUGGAAGUAGCGAUUCGGUUACAUACAAAUAUUAAACUUUAGUUUGAAUCAGUUACGAGUGAGUAUUCACUAUGGGUUGCGUAUCCUCAAAGACAAAAUCAUUGAAUAAAUUUUACGAUAAUGCUGCAAUUCCUGACAAUUGCGGCAAUACUAAGUGUCAAGCAUAUAAUAAAAAAGUUUCGAACACAAUGGCUGCAAGAUUCUUCGUGGGAGUGAUUGAAUCAGAUUUUCUACCUCAUACCUUAGAAAUUCUACACACAGAAAUUAUCAAUCCAGAAAAUGAAUAUAUUGAAGAAUUCGUCUGUGGAGAAAAUGACGUUGCAGAAAAUGAUAUGAAAUCAUUUGAUUUGGGCGAUGGAAAAGUGCUAGUGGUGAAGCAAAAUGGUAAGUUCUUCGCAAUUGGAAAUAAAUGCUCUCACUAUGGGGCGUUAUUGAACACUGGAGCACUAGGAAAAGGAAGAGUUCGGUGCCCAUGGCAUGGUGCCUGCUUUAAUAUUGAAACUGGUGAUAUCGAAGAUUUUCCAGGCCAGGAUUCUUUACCGUGUUAUAACGUUAAGAUAGAAGAAGGGAAAGUAAAAGUAAAAGCCAAACGUUCUGAACUGCUAACGUGCAAACGAACUAAACCGAUGGUAACAAAACUACGUAGUGAUGAUCGUACCUUCGUGAUAAUUGGUGGUGGACCAUCUGGUGCCAUAUGUGCUGAAUCAUUACGCCAAGAAGGGUUUACAGGUCGCAUUGUAAUGAUAAAUAAAGAACCAUGCCUGCCUUACGAUCGAGUAUUAGUAAGCAAAUCGAUGGAUUUCGAAUUGAAAAAAAAGUUACUUAGAAAUGAAAUGUUUUAUACGGAUCAUGAAAUCGAAACUAUUCUCGGUACUGAGGUCAUAUCACUAGACAGUUUCGAUAAGAAAGUUACCCUGAGCAAUGGGUAUAAAAUCAAGUACGACAAAGUAUUUAUAGCGACUGGUUCUAAUGCAAGAAAAACACCGAUUGAGGGAUCAGAUUUGAAAAACGUGUGUGUGCUGCGAUCGAACGAGGAUUCAAAAUAUGUAAAUUCUCAACUAAGCCUUGAUAAACAUGUUAUCAUACUUGGUGUUAGUUUCAUCGGUCUGGAAGCUGCUGCUUACUGCCUUACCAAAGUUUUUAAAGUUACCGUUAUCGGUCGAGGCUCAAUUCCCUUAAAAGAAUCAUUUGGGGAGAAGAUAGGCGCUAGAAUUAUGGAAAUGUUUGUAGAAAAAGGUGUUGAGUUUAUCAUGAACUCCGGUUUAAAACGAUGUAUUGGCGAUGACAACCGCAAUUUGAUAUCCGCAGAGUUAAUUGAUGGAACUGUUUUAAAAGCUGAUUUGUGUAUAAUGGGCAUAGGAUCGACACUUAACACAAACUUUCUUAACGAUUCGGGCGUGAAAAUAAACGGAAACGGUUCAAUCGAUACCAAUAUGUAUUUAGAGACCAAUGUGCCUGGAAUUUUCGCAGGUGGAGAUAUUGCCAAUGCUCCUGUCUAUUGCAAUAAUAACGAACUAGCUACAAUUGGACAUUACCCGUUGGCUCAGUAUCAUGGAAAAAUAGCCGCUUUAAACAUGGUUGGAAAAGCCACCGGGCUCAAGGCUGUCCCAUAUUUUUGGACCAUGCUUUUUGGAAAAGGAUUUCGAUAUGCUGGCUAUGGAAGUCCCUAUGAAGUUAUAAUUGAAGGAGAUUUAAAACAACUUACAUUCGUUGCUUUUUAUAUAGACAUACACGAAAAAGUAAUCGGAAUGGCAUCAUGUGGUCGAGAUCCAAUUGUGUCCCAAUUUGCCGAAUACCUUUUUCAAGGAAAAACUUUACACAAACGUGACUUGAAUCCAGAUCCUUUUUUCUGGAUGAAGAAAGAUUGAUUUGAUUCAAUCCAGAAUUUUCGUGGGUGCCGUUGAUUCAUUUUUCACUAACUCAAGAAGCAGAAAAGCUAUGUAAACAAAACCUAUAUUCUGAAAUAUACGGGAUUCCAAACUCGCGCA